AUGGUGACUUCCGGCAGCAGCGAUUAUGAUUGUAGCUAUUCUUCCAGCUCCUCUGAAGAGGAUUCCAGGAUCCCUGUGGCCAAAACGCGUGCUAAAAAAAACCGUGCCGAGGAAUCAAAGCCUAGUGAGCCUCUUAAUAAUCACAGAGUCACUUAUGCCAAACUCAUGAAGAGAAAAGCCGAGGAUGACAGGAUGGAUGAUUAUCGACGAAGAAGGGACCGAGUCCAGCGCAGAGUGCUAGCAGCAGAGGAGAAACUCCAAUCUCGAGCUGAUGGUGUACCAUCUAACUCUGAUGCUUCGAAAGAUGAUCCCAUGUGGGUACCACGAGAUCUCAAGAUUAGGUCAGACCGUCGUACCAGGGAGAUCGAGAAACUGGUCAAAGAUGACCUUGAAGCUGAGCAUGAAAAAGAAGAGUACUGGGAAAUGAUGGAUGACGAUCAUGAUAUUUAUCCGGACUUCGUCAAUGGCCCUGAUAGUGUUUCCGAUGAAGAAUUUGAAGAGGACUUCGACAAACAUGAUGAUGAUGAAUCUGAUAAUUCUGGUAAAUCUGAUGACUCUGAUGAAUAUGAUGAAUAG